AUGUCUAACAGUAAUGGGCAGCCUCCGCGACGCCACCGCAUCGGCUACGCCUUCCCGCCGAAGAAAGAGCAGACCUUCAUCCAACCGUCGCUGAUCGCCCACGCCGGACAACACGGCAUCGAUCUGGUCCCCGUCGAUGCCGCCAAGGCCUUGACCCAGCAGGGCCCCUUCGACUGCAUCAUCCACAAGCUGUACGACGACGACUGGAAUCAGCAAUUGAAGGAGUACUCGUCUCUCUAUCCCCGCACCGUCAUCCUCGAUCCGCCCGAGUCCAUCGCCCGCCUCCACAACCGGGUCUCAAUGCUCGACGUCAUCAAAGCCGCCUUCAAAGCCCCGCGAGUCGAGAAUGUCGGGGUCCCCAAGCAGGUCCUGAUCCACGACGCGGCCGAACUGGAAUCCGAUCUGGGAUUGAAAUUUCCGGUGAUUGCAAAGCCUGUGCUGGCCAAUGGCAGCGCCAAGUCGCACCAAAUGUCUAUGGUUUUCAGCGGCGAGGGGUUGAAGAAGGUCGAGACCCCCAUUUUGCUGCAGGAGUUUGUCAACCACGGGGGUACCAUCUUCAAGGUCUAUGUCAUCGGGGAUUACACCGAGUGCGUCAAGCGUAGGUCGCUGCCCGACAUCUCCGACGAGCAGCGCACCAAAUUGGCCGGGGUUGUGGUCCCUUUCUCCCAGAUUUCCAAUGAAGAAGUUAACAUUGAGGGUGUUGAGAUGCCGCCACCUGGGUUUGUGGAGGAGCUGGCCAAAGGGAUUUGCGACGGCCUCAAACUCAAUUUCUUCAACUUCGAUGUCAUCAGGGAUUCCAAUGACAAGCAUAGCUAUUAUGUUAUUGACAUCAAUUACUUUCCUGGCUAUGCCAAACUCCACAACUUCGAGCACCUUUUGACAGACUUUUUCUUGGCUGUACUUUCCCACAAGUCCAUGUCUCAGCAGUCCCAGUCUCAGCUUGAACAAGAAUGA